AUGCUGCCGCUCGGUGUGAUGCUGCUGCUGCUGACGGCCGCCGCCGCAGACGACCUGUCCGGGACCGGCGCUCCGCCGCUCCGGGGUCCGGGGCUAGGCUUCUCCUCACCGGUCCCCGCCUCUCCCUCCGCCCCGCCGCUGCUCCUCCUCCCGCGACCCCAGGAGGAAUACGGGGCACCUGGUGUCGCCUUGGCCCGGUCCGCGGCGGAGGAACAGUCCGGUCCCGGGGAGGAAGGAGGGGAGGGGGAGCACCACCAUCACGGCGGCGGAGGGUACAAGAUCGUCCAGUGGGAAUGGAGCUACGUCCAGACCCCGUACAUCAUCGCCAUCUGGCUCCUGCUGGCCAGUCUGGCCAAGAUCCGUAAGUCCUGCUCCUCCUCAGACUGGGUUUUUACUGGUUCUUCUGGGACCUGCUGGUUUAGUCCUCAAACUUACUGGUUUUUAUAGUCUGCUGGUUUAGCUGAAGUGGAACUGAAACUUUGGUGGUUUAAGUUUGGACUAGUUUCCGUUUAAAAACCACAUGGUUUCAUUUAGAGAGUCUAAAACUGAGCAAAAGGAUCGAAGUCUACUGAGAAAAUGAUCAAUAUCAGGAUCAUUAAUUAAUUUUCAUUCUAAUCUCUGUUAACAAAAAGAUCAAACAUAAAGUUAAAACUGUGAUAAACCAACAAAUAUUGAUUUUCAUGUUGAAUAUUUGAUGUUUCUAAAAUAGAUCUGGUCUUCUUCUUUAAAACAGACACGUUAAAGUGAAAUUACAGAAUUAUUAUGACUUUCAGACGUUAUAUUUCACUCUCUCUACGAUUGAGUCCCUGACACAUAUCUCCAGAGGUACAAUGGUGAAAGGAUUUAAUACUAUAUGAUCCACUUUAUUGUGAUAUAUCAAUCAUAUUAUCUCCUUACAUAUUAUGUCACAUCAUAUUGAAUUAAAUUGUUUCCUUGAUUAGUUUUGUGUUUUUUCAUGACUUGGUAUAGUUGGCUAUCGUCUCUAUAUCGCACGUCACCCAUUGUCUCUUUAAGACACUUAAAAGCGCCUCAGAAUCCUCCUCCACUGUUGCCAAUCAGAGUCUCGAUGUCAAAUAAGAUAUAAUGAAAAGCUCAUUCCGAGCACGUCAGACCAGAAUCCUGCAGAAGUUUCCUCCAUCUGUCUGCCUGUAUAAUCUUUUCUGAUUCUUGAAGUUGUCCCACGGCUGUUUCCUGUGAGACAGAGACGACUCUCCCAGAAUAAUAACUAGAGACGCAGUGAGAGUGAGAAUCAGGAGCUGAUAUUACCAACAAUGUCCAAAAUAUGAUCGUGCAGCUUUGAGCCGAUCCUGAUGUUUCAGUUUCUGCUCUCAGAUUUGAUGUUUAUUAAGAUGUCAGUGGAACAGACUGACUUUAACCCUCUCACCUCAGAUUUACCUGCGUGUGUCUGAUCGCUCUCACAGACGGUGUUUCAGUGUUUUAGUGUUUUAGUGUGUUCAUGCUCACACACACCACAGACCCUGAGGGGGGCCAAACUGGGACACAGACUUGGUUUUCUAGAGCAGAAACAGACCAGCAGGACUCGGACUCUCUGUCUCUCUCUCUCCCUCUCUCUCUUCCGUGUUUAAACAUUUUGUACCUCCGUCAUCACACACACACACACACACACACACACACACACACACACACACACACACACACACACACACACACACACACACACACACUGACAGAUUGUCAUGUUUCCUGAGCUGCUGGUGACUCACUGUGCAGCAGAACAAUACCACGCUAUACAUGCUGCUAAUUGAGGUGGUCAUGUUACACACACACACACACACACACACACACACACACACACACACACACACACACACACACACACACACACACACACACACACACACACACACACACACACACACUGAGGCUCUGUCUAUUCAUCUAAAUCUGAGUCCAGUCUCGUCUUUGUCAAAGGAGGAUCAGACCAACAAACAGCUCCAGUGACACACAGAUUUAAAACAUUUCUAUAAAAAUUUAAUCUCAAGUCGAAACAUUUUUUAUUCCAGAAAAAAAACAUUUGAUCUCAUGAGAUUUGUUUAGUGCAAAUCUGGGAUUGCUGGUCCUUGUGAUCUCUCGAAAUACUUCACACUAGGGCUGCACGAUCAAUCGAUUUUAAAUCAUAAUCGGAUUAUUUUCUUAUGACGAUUUUUAAAAUAUUAAAAUCAUCAAAUCGAUUUUCCUCUCCAUCAUGUCUCACGCCUCCAGGCCACCGUAGCCUCCGCCUUCCUGUGGGAGCGCUCCCCAGUUCCCACACACACCAGUGAAAACAAUCAAUUAAUCAAUCAAUCAGUCAAUCAAAGUUUAUUUAUAGCACUGUUCAUGCAAAUGAAAUUGAGGCUCAAAGUGUUUUACAUCAGGACAAGAAAAAUCAGUUAUUAAAAUAAACUAAAACAGACAAUAAAAUAUCAACUUUAAUUUAUUAAUAAAAUAAAGUAAAAAGUGAUACUAAAAAAUAAAUUAUAAUAGUGAUUAAAAUAAUGAAGCUUUUCAUAAAAACCAGACUAAAUAAAUGAGUUUUUAUCUUACGUUUAAAGAUUUCUAUAUUUGCAGCUCCUCUCAGACCCUCUGGAAGUUUGUUCUACAGUUUUUGGAGCGUAGCAGCUAAAAGAAGCAUCACCAAAACGCCAACAAACAUGGCGUUUGUAGAAGAAGGCGAUAAUUUAGUGGUUAAAUAGGACAAGAGCGAGUCAGUCGUGUUGAAUUGGUACGACUUCACAGUUUCAGACGAAGAGUAAACCACUCCCAGCUGCAAAGUCUGUCUGAAGGCGGUAUCAACCUGUCACCACGGAAACAAAUUCAGGAGGAAACGCUAAAGUUUUUUGUCGUAUCAGCAUUUCAUCCACAUGGAAACAGCGUUUCAGGUGACUGUAAACGGUACUUUUUGAAAACGGGUCAGAGAGUGAAUAAAUCUGUAAACGACGACCAUUUCAUCUCCGUGUGGAUGUCUAUCUGCAUCUCUGGAAACGAUCAUGUGACACACAGAGGAACUCUUUUAUGGCGCCAAAACAACCUUUAUACACAUGCUCUGUACUCUUCUGUCUUUUUUUGCAUUUCCUGUGCAGCGUUACAGCGCCACUUACUGGCCUGGCAUAUGCACUACAUCGUUUUCAGCGGUUUCAUUUUGAGAGACGAUAGAAAAACUUUUUAUUUUUAAAGUGAAGUUUGGUGAAGUUGACACUGAAUAAAAAAUUGAAAAUCCAGUUUUCAGAGAAAAAAUCAGGAUUCUAUUUUUGGCCAAUAUCGUGCAGCCCUACAUCACGUUCGUGUCUCUCUGCCUGCACAGCUCAUAUUCCUGUGCAACUUCAUCAUAUCACACUGCUCUGUAUUUGUAACACACUCCACCUGAGCUGUAUCGCUGAGUUUUUUCAGUUUAUCAAACUGCACAGUGAUGCAGCUGUAGUGCAAGAUAACCAGAUUGUCACUGUGUGCUCGAACUACAUCCCUGUGACUAAAUGCUGCUCCAUUAAAAAAACAUGAUGCACAAUAACAACAUUUGGAAGGUAAAAACAAAAAAAGGAGAAUACCUGCAGAGAGUCUGUCGAACGUCUUUUUCUGACUCUCUCUCUCUCUCUGGUGUGAUUUUUCAUGAGCUUCAUGUUGAGCAGUUGAACGUCCCUCUGUGUUCCUGUCACUGUCGUCCGUCUGGUGUGUGGGAGAUUCAGCUGCCUGUGGGUGUGUGUGUGUGUGUGUGUGUUCAUUUUCUCCAACCUGUGUGUGUGUGUUUGUUUCUGUGUGUCUGUGCAGUUUUCUCAAAGUUUGGCAAAGUUGAACCGCCAGACUCGGGGAUUAAUUUGUCAAAGUCUUUUUCAGAGCAGGUGUUCGUGCAGCAGCAUCAUCAGCAGACUCUUCGUUGUGCCAGACGAGCGUUUUCAUGAUGCAUUCGAGUUCUGAGUCACAAACCGGGAAUUUGAAGUUUGUAGAAACAGAAUGAAAAGAGAGUCAACAGAGAAAGUGGAGCUGAGUAACGCAACACCAGAUCAGCUGCUUCUGUCUGUGGAAACUUCACAUUUCAUGUUCAGAUGUUUUUAGUCCAGAACUCUUCCUCUACAUCUAAAUCUAUGAUUUCAAGUUCUAUGUUGAAAGGACAACUGGACUUAAUUAAGUCCAGUUGUCCUUUCCAAAAGAGUGUUCGGUUUUACUUCAUCAGACCUUACCAGAUAAGUGACCUUGAGCCCAUACGGUGACUCCAACUACAGAGUCCUGAUGCUCUUAAUCCUGUAGAUGUUGUUCAGCAUUAAUGGAGCCUUCACUGAUGAUCUGGACUCUGAUGAUCUCCAGACCGUCAGGGAGGCUGGAUUUGAACUGAGAGGUACAAAAAAAAAAGUAGGAAAAAUGUCAAAAUGUUUAAAGUGUUACGUUAGAGUUAAAGGUUUUAACCACAAUCGCUGACCGGCGAGCAAGUUUUUAUUUGUUGGAUGGUAGGGGAAGGUCCCGCCCUCCUUCGCCUCUGAUUGGCCAGAAGUGACGGGCUAGACCGGUGAAUCUGACUUCACAACAACACGAAAUCUGAUUGGUCAGAAGUGGACACACAGUAUGCGAAAAUUUAGAAAAAUCGACCGUGAUACGAAAAGAUAAAUGUGGCAAUAUCGCAGGACGGGUUAACGUCGCUGAUGUGAACGCUUGUAUUGACAGGAUACGGGUUCGAAAAAAAAUAUUGACAUCUGAAAUAAUCGUACGAUAAAAACGCUCCCAGUGUGAAAGGACCUUCAGUGAGAUAUAUCACGGGCAUGAUGAUGUCGUUAAUUGUCGUGAAUUUUGGUAGCGGUAAAUUUUCAUUUUAUCGUCCAGCCCUAGUGGUCCCUCUGCUCUUUAGAGAUGAGGAUGCAGAGUCUCUGGUGUUUCUGGAUCCUGUUUCCAUGGUUCAGUUUUAACCUCAUUUGUGGAUGCAGUGAUGAACUCUGUCCACAGACGAUGGUUUUUGUUUGUGACUUGGAGCCCAUACGUUCAUUUCACUCCGGAGUCCUGUAUGCUUUUAAUGCCCUGAAGAUCAGGACCCCCCAGUCUUGGUCCUUGUCCCUUUAGUACAGAGAUUUCUCUGAGUUUUUGUCAUGAUAUUAUAAACUGAAGAUGAUGAAAUCCACUCAGUCUGAUCAGCUAAAUAACCAGAAGCAGUUCUGUCUGUUUCAGGAGCUUUUUAAGCAGCUCAGGUCUCAGAAAAACGGACAGACUCUCAGUGAAAUUAAUGAAACAGAAGCUGAUCUCUCUGUGCAGAUCCGAGCGUGUCUGCCAUCGCUCAGUGUUUGAUGUUCGGCGUCCUUGUGCUGAUGGAUGAGGACUGUCACACACGUCUGUCCUUUUCAUGUCUGCCAUGACUCACAGCUAACCCUGAUGAUUCCUCACUACCUGUCCGUGUUAUCCCGACUGAAACAAACGCACCGACCAGUCAGAGAGGAGCGACGUUAUGACUCAUCGUCACCCUUCGAGCGCACACUUGAACUCAGGUAUAUCAUGAGGCGAAAUGAGUCAUGACUCAGCAGCUGCAGCUCCGUACCUCCGCUCACAUCUCUGCAGCAGCAGCUGGGUUCAGGAGGAACCAUAAACUGUGAUGGGAGUGUCUGUGUCCUUUUAUUAAAGGAGAUCAUUUGGCACAGCGAUAAAGGUCGUCUCUCUUGGCUUCCAAACAUCUCAUUAACUCCACGUCUUGAUUUGUAACGUGGUCAACCUAAUGUUUUCUCCCAUGACCCGUGUGUUAACAGUAAAAAUGCUAAAUGGACUGAACUCAUUACAUCGCUUAGACCUGUGCACAGUUCGGAUCAUCUCAUCUCUUAUUUCUUGGCUUUAAAAGGAGUCAGCUGAUCAGAGCACUUCCUGGACGUCCCUUUUGGGGGUCUUGGGUUGGACUCAGAGCUUACUGGAGUGAUUAUAUAUCCCGUCUAGUCUGUGUUUACCUCAGGAUCCCCCAGGAGGAAGGUUUAAGCCUGCAGCCACAGCCUGGUUUAGUGCGACACAGUUAAAACAGUUAAAAAGGAGCUGCAGGAGAACAAAUGUGUAGAGACCUGUAUGUUGGUCCUGGGUGAAGGAAAGGUCCGUUUCUCUGUGCUGCUGCUCUUUUAAAAACAUUUCUUUGUCUAAAAUCUGAAAUCUUCUCUAACUCAGCUGUAGAUUCAUAAUGAAGGCCACAGUUUCAAUGUCAGACACGCUCCUGGAUGUUUCACACUUUUACUCAUAAACAAAAGAGCAAACCAGCGUAUAAUGUUCUGUACAGCAGCAUGAAGAUAUAGAAGAUGUAGAAGCAGCUGUCACAAGUUCAACCAGCCAUACACAGCCAUCAAAGUGUCUCAAGACGUCUUAAGACACAUUUGCUGAGAUGUCUUGAGACGUCUUGGUAAGUCAAGCUGAAGUCGCUUAAGAAGUGGAUGUCUAAAGACAAAGCAAAUGUGUCUUAGGAUGAUGUCAUGAUGAUGAAAUCCCACCUUUGGUUUUGCUGAAAUGAACUUUACUGAGUUUGAAGCCGUGCCUGAAAACAGUUGAACGUAGGCCUGCACGAUAUAUCGUUUGACUAUCGUCAUCGCGAUGUACGUGUGUGCGAUAGUCACAACGCAGAGCCUGCGAUAUUGGAGGUGAAUGAACUCAUUUAAUUUCAAGGGUAACCGACUGAGAUACACUGCAUGUGACUCUGCAUGUGCUUUGCAGCGAUCCACCAAUCACCUUCGUCCUUAACUCAGUUGCCAAUCAGACUCAGUUCUCAGUUGCCAAUCAGACUACCCUGCCAGCUGUCAAUCAAAAUCAGAGAGGAGGAAACCCACCCCUGCACAUGUUCUGCACAUGGAGGGAGACGUGUGUCCGCUGAGAAUUACUUUCGGAACUUUACUCAUGACUGUUUAGCCCAACAAAUAAGAACUGUAUGGGUUUUAAAUUGUACAUUUCCGUGGACCACUCUACUAUAAGCGGUGCGCAUUUUGCGAGGUGCAUGCAAUUCUCGGAGGACAUGCGUUUCUCAGCACAACACCGCUAACAACAACAACAACGAUCGCAAAAUGAGCAACGAACAAGCGAAAACCACCGAAAAUGAAGAUUUGUUGCCCAAAAGAAAAGGAAAGUCAGUUAUCUGGAAUUAUUUCGGUUAAAAGAAGGAUGAUGUCGACCAAAACACUUCUGUGUUCACCUGUUGCCACAAUAACGUCCCAGCACAAUAAAAGCUAAAAAUAUCUCUGAGACAGACAGAAGCCGUUCUACUAACAUUCACAAAAAGAGGUAAGAUCAGUGCAGGUUAACUGUCCUCAAGAUUUCAGCAGUGCAGUAUAACAUUAAAUGCUAUUCAGGUCAUCUGGUGAAAAUUCCUGUAUUUUUAAUAUCGCAAUAUAUAUCGCAGGGUUGAAAAAAAUCGCAAUAUUAUUUUUUUCCAAUAUCGUGCAGCCUAAGUUGAACGGUUAACGUUACUGAACUCUUAUGGAUCCUGUUUGAAUCUCAGUUCUUCCUGUUUCUUGUCCUUCAGUGUUCCACUUCUCUCAGCGGUUCACCACCGUGGUCCCCGAGAGCUGCAUGCUGAUCCUGCUGGGUCUGGUCCUGGGCGGGGUGGUCCUAAUAGCCAAUAAGAAGCAGCUUUACCAGCUAGAGCCCGCCCUCUUCUUCCUCUUCCUGCUGCCGACUAUCGUAGGCGAUGCCGGGUACUUCAUGCCGGCGCGUCUCUUCUUUGACAACCUGGGAGCGAUCCUGACGUACGCCGUGGUGGGAACGCUGUGGAACGCCUUCUGCACCGGCUUCUGCCUGUACGCCGCCAAACUGCUGGGGGUCAUAGGUCAGUCUGAGUAUUUAUUGAUGAACAGAGGGUGAAUGGGUGAAUUGUACAGUUUGUGGGGUACCUCAGGGGUCACUUCUGGGACCUCUUAGAUUUUCUAUUCGAGGUCAUGUUCGGCAGAAAAGCAGAUAAUUAAAAAGUGCGUUCAGUCGUUCUGACAGCUCAGUAAAAGCUUGUCACACAUGUCCACCAGCUCUUCAGACUAAACCUGACCCUGUGUGUGUUUACAGACGAGCGUGUUCAGGCGGAUCUGAUGGACUUCCUGUUGUUUGGCGCGUUGAUCUCCGCCGUCGACCCCGUGGCGGUGUUGGCCGUCUUCGAGGAGGUUCACGUCAACGACACGCUCUUCAUCAUUGUGUUCGGAGAGUCUUUAGUGAACGACGCCGUCACUGUGGUGAGACAUACACGCACACAACACCUGCAAAUACCUUUAUAAACACGCAGACAUCAUGUGAGGUGAGCUCACGAGUUGCUAUGGCAACAGAGAGGCUUACAAGGUCAGAAAAGGAGCAUAAGAAACUCUUAACUGUCUGAAUGUUUAUGUUUUCUUGUCCCUUCAGACCCUCUCAGUGGUAUUUACUCCACCGCCAUGUGCACCGUGGUAUUUGUAAUAAUACGUAACAGUUGGACUGGUUGGAGCCGAGGUCAGAUUCAGAUUUAAUGCCAAGUAGGUUUUUAACACAAGGAAUUCACCUAUUUUGGUGCACAAUAAGUAGAGCGACAAAAGAGCUGAGAUUUAGACUUUAAACUACAAUUCAUGAAACACAGCUUUAAAUUCAUACAGACAAAAUAAGCAAUAUAUAUUUUUAUUUUAAUGUGUUCAUCCAGCACCAAACGAGCUUUAUUUUAGAACAGUCAGUCUGUCCCAUUAUGUUGACAUGACCCACAUUUUUCUCUAAGGCUGAGGAGUUUGGUAUCGAUGAUUAUAACUUCAUUUGAGGUGUUAAAGAAGCAUCUUUUUUGUGGUGUAUUUACAAAAAAGAUUUUAAAAACAGUCAAUAGUUAUUAGUUAUUGAUGACAUUUGGUAAUAUAUCGAUAUCUCUGUGUUCUCUCUCUGACUGUAAACAAAGCCGUUCUCCACCUCCUCUAACCUGAUUGGUUGUGAGGCAGACGCUGCUCCCCCUUGUCGUUCAGGAGCCCAAACAAAGUUAGCGUGCUACAAUAUCGGACAGUAGAAACCAACCAGAACGUUCGGAAAAUUGUCUGAAUCCUCCUUUGGCCACGACUGCCGACACAAGCAAGAAAACAAAGUAAAUACCGGAGACUCUGGAGGAAUAACGGGCGCUUAAAACGGAGGUAGACCGGACAAGAGCUAAAAAGCCGGGUCAACAUAAACCAUGGGGGACGCUUGGGGAUCUUGGUGACCCUGUAACCUUUCUGCUGGACAGGUAAACCGCUUUAACAAAGUAAGACAAGUGUCUGUAACAGAAGUGUUUCUUGUCAAACGGACCUGCUGUAGCGUGUUGUAGCGCCAUCGCUAAACUGUCCUCCCUCGGGUCCUGGACUAUGUCACUUUAUCCUCGUUGUAGAAGUCCUGCAAACAUUGUGUUUGCUGGUAGUCUGUUGGCAUCUACAGUAGCACCAAUGCUUUUGACUUUCACCUUGACUGGGCCCCAUUUGUAAUGAUCUGAAGUAUUUAUCUGCAUUAUAUCUGAAUUUAAUUGGAACGAUACGAGCGAGCAGGAGCGUCUGUUUAUGGGCGGGGCUUGAGGGGAGGAGCUGAGGGGAAAACUGGUUGGGAGGGGUAGAGUUUACAUUUAAGAUUUCUGCUAAAAACUGGAACUAACUCAGAUCCUGACUACAACACCUUUAACUUUAAACUGAGAUGAUGAUGGUGAACUGAAAAUGUUCAGAUCUGGUCAAUAAUUAACAUUUCACCACAUCAACAUAGUUUAGCAGCUAAAAAGACAGUAAGGUGUAAAAACAGUUAGAAAUUCUAACGUUUCUCCCUCUUUGCUGUCCAUCAGCAUUUCCCACAAAUACAUCCAUGUAUCUGAAUAUAUCUGAAUAACUUUGUCCAAGUCUCUGAUUGAGUCUUUUUCCCACUACUGAGUUCAGCUCUUUCUCAACGUUUCAGUGACCUGUUCACUCAAACAUGCUUAUCAGCUGUUUCGAUAAAGCUUUUGAGCUGCUGCUGCUGCUGCUGCUGUUUGAGAAGUGGAGGCUUUAUACUAUAUUUAGGCUUUUAAAUAUCAGGUUUUCACUUCAGGUUCUGUGUGUAAAUAAGACAAGAAGGAGGCAGAGUUUUGGGUUAAAUAUUUCAACAUUUCAGGAACAUGUGAAACAACAACAUAUGGAGUCGUGUGUGGAGAGCAGAUUUCAGCUGUUGAGUUCAGAGCUGUGACUUCAGAGAGGACCGGGGGCGUUAUGAUAAAUGACCACAAAAGCUAUAGUCAGUGUAUUCUUAAAGCAAUAAUAUAACCUGAUCUGUAAAAACUUCAAUAGAGGAUCACACUGACUGAUAACAAAGGCUUGAAUUUGCUUUUAUUCUCUGUUUUCGCCGUUAAAACGACAAAUAAUUCAUUAAAAAUUACCACCAACAGCGGCGAGAGGAGCAAAGAAACUUCACAUUUACUCUGUGGCACUUUGAGAAAGCAGAGAUUAAACGGUUCUGACCAGAUUAACUCGGCACUUUUCUAAUCCUCAGCAGCACUCAGAAUGUGAACAAAUCCCACCAACAAAUGGAAAAUCCACCGUGUGGGAAAAGAGCUGCUCUGACCUGAUAUUCAGAGACUGAAAGGAAAGAGAGGGAGGGUCUGCUUGUUUAUCAGAGCACACACUUCUAUUUCUGUGUUAUUUUCAUCAUCAUUGUUUUACCGUAAAUGAAGUCAUAGAGGCUCAAUACUGAUUUGAUUGCUUAUGAAAUGGCCAGGGAAACAUCAGGUUGUUCAUAUAAAUUCAAAUGAGUGUUGUUGUGAGUUUAUUACUGGCUGAUAUGAAAUACAUGGUGAUAAACAUUAAACUCACUUUCUCCUCAGGUGGUUCUAAUUACCUGAGAGGGUCUUAUUUGCUUCAGUGGUCCAUGAAAUCAACAACAAGUUUCUAAUAGUCUCCAGACUGGAUCAAAACAAACCCGAGGGAGUGAACAGUCAGAAAAACAGGAGGAUAAAAUAUUACAGAAACCAGAAAAGAAAAAAAAAAUGAUGAGUCCAAAAACCGAAAUGGAAAAAAAUCCUAAGUCUGAAAAACAGAAAAUAAAAUUAAAAUUAGUCCGAAAAACAGUCAACAAAAAAAUUAGUUGAAAUAACAGAAAAGAAAAAUAUUCUAAAAACAAAAAACAGAAAAAAGAAAUAAGUUCGAAAACCAAAGAAAAAAAAUUGAUCUGAAUGACAGAAAGGAAAAAAAAAUGAUCCGAAAACCAGAAAAGAAAAAAAAAUAUUCAAAAAAACAGUAAAGGAAAGAAAAUCAGUCAAAAUAAAAGAAAAGAAAAUAUUCCAGAUUACAGAAAAGAAAAUAGAAGAAUUAUUCCGAAAAACAGUCCAAAAAAAACAAGAAAAAAAAAAUUAGUCCAAAAAACAGAAAAGAAAAAUAUUAAUUAGUCAGAAAAAAAAGGCCUGAAAAACAAAAUAAAAAAAAUUGUCCGAAAAACAGAAAAGAAAAAAAAUUACUCUUAAAACCAGAUCUUUUUUUAUUUGGUGAAUGCAGUACACUUCAGUACAUCAGACUUUUGAUGAUAUAUAAGCUGUUUUUAACGGUCUCCUCUCCCCUUUACUUUUAAUAUUUUUAUUCUAACAAACUCUGAAGAGUGAGUCGGCUCUUUCUUUAAUCUACAGGUGAAAAGGUGAGUCGGGUAAAUAGGUCACUAAUGAAAAGAGACUCUGAGUCAUGUAGAACUGACUGAGUUUAAUAUCCUGCAGCUGCUUUUACAAGUUAUUGAAGUUUUUAUUUUGAUUGAAAUGUUUUAAACUGAAUAAACUCAAGAGUUGAACUGAGAGGGAUGUGAGGUGAAGAAGAAACAGUGAAGAUGCUCUUGGAUAUACUACCUCCUAAACACACUCUCAGCAGUUUUUAAUUAAAGUAAAUGAAGCAGAAGAAACCCUCCCUCUCCUCUCCUCUCCCUGCGUGUUCCCGUGACCUUCUGUUGUCCUUGUGAUUUAGGUUCUUUAUAAAGUCUACAUUUCCUUUGUGGAGGUGGGAGCAGAGAACGUUCAGACAGCAGAUUACUUUAAAGGAAUCGGUGAGUCCAAGAAAACUGAAAAAUCAAACUUUAUCAAACUCUUAUUUUGGCCUUAACCUCCCUCCUCCUCCUCCUCUUCUUCUUCUGCAGCCUCCUUCCUCAUCGUCAGUAUCGGAGGAACUUUAGUGGGUCUGGUUUUCGCCGUCAUCCUCGGCGUCAUCACUCGCUUCACCAAGAAGGUUCGGAUCAUCGAGCCGCUCUUCGUCUUCCUGCUGGUCUACCUGGCCUACCUAACGGCAGAGCUCUUCUCCUUGUCUGCUAUUCUGUCGUGAGUUUCCCAGUUUGACCAGUAAGAGACAGAUUCAUAUGCAGAAUGGGUUUCAGUUCUGGAUCUCCCUGACUGGGAGAAAACAAACCCCCGUGCAGAAAGGUCAUAUGUAAAUGUGCUCUGAGGUGGAGAGCUGCAUGUUAACAUGUUUACUCUCAGUGGGGGGGUGAGUGUGACAUUUGCAGGGAUAACUUGGUUUUCUGGGAGGGAUCUCGCAGACUCGGAGAGAUUGACCAAUUUUUGAGAAAAGAGGAAGAGUCAAAUUGUCCUCAGAGACAGUUCUUAAGAAAAGACAUUCAGGAACCUCGAGUCUGAUUUUACUCUUUAAAGUCGAGAUAUAAACUAUUUACAGAUUCAUGUGUUUAUGUUUCUCACUGUGGUUCACUCAUAAAUAAAAACACACAAUAAUAUCUCCUGAUUCUCUCUCUCUCUGCUCAGUAUGACCUUCUGUGGGAUCGGCGCCAAUAAAUACGUGGAGGCCAACAUUUCGCAGAAGUCUCGGACGACAGUGAAGUACACGAUGAAGACUCUGGCCAGCAUCGCUGAGACCAUCAUCUUCAUCUUUCUGGGGAUCUCUGCGGUGGACAAGUCCAAGUGGGCGUGGGACACCGGCCUGGUGUCCUGUACGCUGGUCUUUAUCUUGCUCUUCAGAGCGAUGGGUCCGUUUCUUCUUUUCUUAAAUAUGUGAAAAAUAAAAAAACGAUAAAUUAUUAUUUUUAAAAACGUCUGAUGUACGCGGUUUGUCUGCUGUUCUCCAGGUGUGAUUGGUCAGACCUGGGUCCUGAACCGCUUCCGCCUCGUCCCAUUGGACAAAAUCGACCAGGUAGUCAUGUCAUACGGAGGCCUGCGAGGGGCUGUGGCGUUUGCUCUGGUGGUGCUGUUGGAUGGCGAACAGGUCAAAGCGAAGGAUUACUUUGUUGCCACGACGAUUGUGGUCGUCUUCUUCACGGUCAUGUUUCAGGUAGAGCAAAAACGACUCCAUGACGAUAUUCUGAUACUGUUUUUAUUUCAGAGUUGGUGUCGGUGAAGUUCUGGUUCUGAUCCGAGCUAACGGGUUUUCAAACCGGGCUCUCGUUAGGCUCAGCUGUGUGCUCCUACAGACACACAGAGGUCAGGGACAGAGACGGCGAGCUGCCGCAGCUGUGCGGAGGGAAAACACACUGGGUGGAAGCUGCUCUCCAGCUUCACGUCGCCUAGCAACCAUAAUGAUGUCAUGCUUAUUAUGACCUUUAGCUUCCUGCUGUUACAGAGAGCAGUAAAACACGAUUAUACACAACAAACAGCAUCGCUGUGAUUUAUCAGCUCUUAUCAGCCGUGGAGCUUAAAGCGUUUUCAUGAGCGACAAAAGCAAAAACCAGUCAGUCAGAAACAAGAACAGGUGUGUAAAUCACGGAGAUAUGUCGCUUUAUUAAAUAAGAAUAAACAUUUAAAGAGGGUUCAUUUAAGUGGUUCACAAAAUAUAAAAUAAUCACAAAAUAAAAUAUUUACUCUAAAGCCUGAAAAUGCUGCAAAGGUCUGAGUUUGAUGCUGUAAAAUGUCCUUUUUUUGAGUUUUCAUGGAUUUAAUUGUUAAAAAGAAGCAGAAUGAAAAACAGAUCAGUGGACAGAGGAACCACACAGUCUGAGGGCACCAGGAUCAAUAAAGAACAUUAAGAACCUCAUGGCCGUGACCAGAAUUUCCCUCUGGAAUCAUUAAAUUCUUUCCCAUCUUAUGUCAUCUCUGCUCUGAGCUUGGUAUGAGAAAGAAACGCUUAUUAAUAACUGAAGAAUUUACGACCAGGAAAGCACAAAGGACAUGAAUGAUUCUGAUUGGUCAACACUCUAUAGCCACAGUUCGUUAUUUAGGAGAAGAACCUGGCAGACAAACUCAAAUCUCAUCAAACCCAGAAAUCAGUCUGAUUAAUUUGACGUCUGUUUGGAGGAUCUAAAGCAACAAAUUUAUUAGUCAUUAAAUUAAAAAUUUAAAUUCUGUCCAAGCUCUUAAACUCUCAGCCUCUCCUGCAAAGAUCUCUUCUCUUGUUAUAUUGUAAAAUAAGAUUUAGAUCUGGGCUUAUAUGAGAAGUAAUAAGAUGUUUUGUCUUGUAAUAGUUUUUCAGUGUAAAAAUCCUCCAUGUAGGAUGAGUCAGGUCCACUUCGGCAGGUUUCCAGUUCUCAGAUUUCAGCCUCUGUCAUGUUUACUCUAAACUCUGUAAAAUCCUCCUUUCAUCAGGUUAAUCUAGACCGUAUAUCAGACAUGUUUACUUCACUGUGUCUGAAUCAUCCUGAGACUGUGUGUCUGUGUCCUACAGUCACAUGUGAACUAAAGUCAGCUUCUUUAUUUUGGGUGUAUUUAGAUGGAAGAGUGUAAAUAUGCAGUAAAUCUGAAGUGUGUGCAAACAUGUAAAACGUGAGUUCACAUUUCCUUUGAUUCUCCGUCUGUGGGUUUCUACUUUCCCAUCAUUAAUCACAGACAGAUAGAUCUGUGUUUCCCUGGAGUAUCAUCUUAUUAUCUGCGUAGUUUAGACUUUAUAUUAUAUUUGAUUGUCUUUCUUUGGUUAUAAUAGUCAGACAGAGUUUUUAUCACCUGCAGCUCUGUAUCUCUGCUGCUCUGUGGUAAUGAACCCUUUGUUUGUGUCGAGGGGAGUUCAUUAUCUUCAGUGUUGUGAGACUAGUUCAUUUUUUUAAUAAGCCUCACUGACAGAGCUGCUGCACAGACAGUUUCUCUCUAUUUGCUGCCGUCAUAAGACAUCCAAGAAGAUCAUCUGUUGCAUAGCACACAAAAAAACAAUGCUUUAUGUAGGUCAAUGCAAACUAUGAGCGUGAAGAUUUAUACUCCCACUGCUGCAAAGAAACCUGGAUAUAGUUUUUAUUUUCGGCUGCUGGAUGUCCCUCUCUCGUGUGUAUUUUUAUUCCCCAGGAUUAAUGAUCAGUGGUCUAUGGUUUCAGUUGACGGGGUCAUUUUGCAGAUUUCUCUGUUUUCUGUGUGCGUCUGUUUCAGGGUCUGACCAUCAAACCUCUCGUCAAGUGGCUCAAAGUUCCUCGAUCCACCAGCAGGAAGCCCACCAUCAACGAGGAGAUCCACGAGAGGGUCAGUUCUCCUCUUUCUAAAACUCCAUGUUUAUCUUUAAGAAACAUCCAAAGCACAGAAAGACACCUCGGGGAAUAAAGGGACACUCGAAACAGCAGAAACCCUCAGUAAAAAGUUCACAUCAGAGCAGCAGUGAAUGAAAAGUUUGAUUUCUGACUUCCUGCAGUUCAUAUUUUUCACAUUUUUAUAAUUCCACUUUGAUUUAUCAAAAAAUUAGACACAGAAAAUCAUCCUUGUAUCUUUCCUCACAGUUUUUUCCCUCCACUCUCGUCGUCCUCCACUGAUCGGAUCUCGUUUGUUUACAGGCGUUUGAUCACAUCCUGACAGCUGUGGAGGACAUCGCGGGUCUGCAGGGAUAUCACCACUGGAGAGACAAGUGAGUCUACGUCUGCGUUAUCGUGACAGCGUCCUUUCACCAAACUGAGCAGCUUCGAGGUGAAGUGUCGCAGCAAAGAGAGACAUGAAAUAAAAACCGUGCCAAAAAAACGACAAAACUUUGAGGGUUUUGUGCUGCUGUGGUGAAAAAUGGAGGACUGAUGAUAAAAUAAGGAAAAUUCUGUGAGGCAGUGACGUUUUUAAAAGACUGUAAACAAACAUUUAUUCAUUUAUUUAGUUUAUUUAAUUGGGACAAUGAAAAUUACACAGAAGAAGCUUUUAUCUGAGUUAUACAGACAUAUUAAUUAAAGACAAACAAGUCUAAAUCUUAUUACUUCAGAGCUGAACCCUCUGUGAACACUAGAGGGAGCUCCUCAUCCAUCAUAGUGAGGAAAAGUGACCCACUCAAAGUCACGGUGAGAGUGGGUCACAGACAGAAUUUUAGGACUCUUCUUCGGAUUAAGUCCUUUUUAGGUUUCUACCUCAGCUGAUUUAUUUUAGUCCAACUUUUCUGUUAAUAAUGUGCAAAUUAAGACUCAAAUUAAAAAAGUAACAUCAGAAACAUUGAUAACAGAAAUAUUGAUCAUGUGUGUUCGAUCUCUUUAAAGACUCGGGACAGUACAAACCUCUAAUCUGUCUCUUUAUCCGCUCAGGUGGGAACAGUUUGAUAAGAACUACCUGAGUAAGCUGCUGCUGAGGAAGUCUGUGUACAGGAAGAGCGAGCUGUGGGAGGCUUAUCAGAAGAUCAACAUCAGAGACGCCAUCAGUGUCAUCGAUCAGGUACAGAAGGGCGACGGAGGGGGAGGAGAGGGACUCUGGAUGUAGCAGGAAAACCUGGUCUCUGGUUCAGCUGAUGAGUUCUUAGAAGAACUCUCCAAAGUCGAGUUUUCUAAAUCCGUCCCACCUGGACUGUUCAGACCUGCAUCAGCAUUAAACUGAUUUAUAGGAGCGAGGAAAGUUUCAUAAAACUUUAAUGUCAACACGGCAAACUGAAGCGAAACUCUUCUUCAUGUGUGGCUGUGAUGACUCACUGAUCUAAGACCAGAUGUUACCGCCAACGACCAUAAAAAAAACCUCCAACAGAUAUUUUUAAGAGCAACCAUCAAACAGAGACGAUAAAUAAAACAGCUGAGAGCGAAGAAGAAGAAGAAAACAGGUCAACACACACAGAGAGAGAAACAGAUCCUCCAGUCAUGACAGAGGAAAUCUGAAAUGCUCAAAUCUUAAAGAGAGUUGGAGGUUACGCAGGGGCUUCUGGGAAAUGUAGUUUUUACCGUGAGAAUUAUUUAAAAAGGUUUCUUUUACUGUUGACCUUUGACCUCUGUGUGUGUGUGUGCAGGGUGGGAAUGUCCUGACCUCAGCUCGACUGUCCCUGCCCUCGAUGGCGAGCAGAGCCUCGUUCCCCGAGGUCACAAACGUCACCAACUACCUGUGAGUCACAUGACUUCCUGUGUUUGAAUAUCUGUCGCAUGUUUUAUCUCCUGCAUAUUAAAAACAGACGAGUGUCUCUUCAUUAGGCCUGUGCUGUUAACGUGUGUGUGUGUCUGUACGUGUGUGUGUGUUUUUUAGGCGUGAGAACGGCAGCGGCGUAUGUCUGGACCUUCAGGUGAUCGAUAAUGUCCCUGGAGCCAAAGUGGAGGAGGACACAGAGACACACCACGUCCUGGCAGAGAACCUGUACAAACCCAGGAGACGGGUAACACACACACACACACACACACACACACACACACAAAUGAUUCAAAAAUCAUAAAUAAGGUGUUAAACUUUAAAUAUCUGGUUGCCGUACACGUGUCAGCUGUGUGUGGUCAUGUCGUAUCAUCGUGUCUGUUUUGUGCGCCGCAGUAUCAGUCCCACUACAGCCGUCACUUCAUGCCUCUGGGGGAGAAGGAGCGUCAGGACCGGGAGGUGUUUCAGAGGAACAUGAAGAGCCGCAUGGAGACGUUCAAAUCCAGCCGACACAAACGACACAAGAAGGAGAGAAGCCUGAAGAAGGUGAGAGACACCGACGGCAGGAUGUUCAGUUUUCACCUCAUCCCUCUGUUUGAGUUUAGUAUGGACUGUUUUAUCACUGAAAGUCUUAUGUAAAUUAAAAAACGAGUGGUGGACCGAUUAAUCUGACUGACGUGUGUUUUCUGUUUCAACAGCGCCGAGGAUCGGACGUGAAGGAGGAUGGCAGCGACAAACCGAGACGUAACGUCAGCUGGCAUGACAAAAGUAAACUCAGAGGGGAGAAAGGAGGCGGCUCAGUGUUCAUGUUUCUUUAAGAUGUCAGAGUAGGACUGGGCGAUAUGUCCCCAAAUCAAUAUCACAAUAUAUUGAUCAGUUCACCUCGAUAACUACUCCACAAGAGACCAUAGCCUACCUACACACAUCCAAAAACAACUUUUAAUUAUUUAUUUUUAUGACACCAAAUAUAUCAACAUGAGCAAAAUGACGUUGGUUAUUGUCGUAAAUUUUGGUAUCUGUAAAUUUUCGGUUUAUGGCCCAGCCCUAUGUCAGAGUGAUAUCAGAGUGUAUGAGGUCAUGUGACGUGGCGUGUUUUAUGUCGCUUCAGAUCCAGUGGUCGUUCCUGUGGAGUCGGAGGAGGAGAAGGGUGAUCAUUCAGACCCCGAGAAGGAGGAUGAUGUCGGGAUCACCUUCAUCGCUCGCAAGCCAGAGACGCCAAAACAACGACCCCAGUCUGGUAAGAACACAAACACAGUCUUACACACACACACACACACACACACACACCAAACAAAGCAGAGUGCAGUGUUUAUGAGCUGUCGCUGUCAUUGUUUCGGGUAUUUAGGAUGGUAUUUGGCUCAGACUCGGUGUGUAUAUAAAAGAGAGGCAGAAAUCGGCUGUGUAAAUAGUGACACCCUCUCCUGCAGAUGAACUUAGCUUUUAAAGGAACAGUAGUACACACACUGAUUAGUCUGAUUCAUUUAACACUCAAAAAACAACCUGAAACAGACUAAAAUGUGCGCCCCGGGCUUCACUGAGUGUCAGUAAAACUGUUUUUAAUUAUUAUUGUAAUUAGACUGUAUCAUUAAAAUCAGGACUACCUCACUGAUCCCUGUAUUCAAAGGUGUCCUCAGUGGUCUAACUCUGUCCCUCCUUCAGUCCCUGCAGCCCUGGACAGCCCUCAGAGUCCCACAGCCUCCCUGGCCUCACCCCCCAGUGGAGAGAGUCAUUUACCGUGGAAGGGCAGUGUGGGCUCUCCUCCCCCCUGUGUGUCUGUGGAGGCCACAAAGAUCAUCCCUGUGGACCUCCAGCAGGCUUGGAACCAGAGCAUCUCCUCCCUGGAGAGCAUCUCCUCCCCGCCUGCUCCUCCUGAGCCUGUCCACCCACGUGUGAGCGCCCUCGCCAGGCUGGGAGGCCCCCGCCCGGUCUCCUACACUCCACCUGGCAGCGCCGUGGGCAGCACCUCCUCCAUCACAGCUCAGCUGUCGCAGGGCUCCUUCCGCUUCCCAGAGAGGAAAAAGAGGGAGGAAGAGGAGGAGGAGGAAGAUGAUGAUGGAUCCGCUCCUGAGAUGCGGCCGCUAAUGUCGUCUCUGAGACCCCCAGGCCCCCUGCCACCACCCCCACCACCACCAGGCCCUGCUCUUGGUUCAGGGAGGAGGAGGAACCCCUGUGUCUACCUGAGGAGCUUGGUGACAGCGCCCCCUCCUGGCAGCGGAGAGCCACACAGUCGAGGUCCUACCCAGCUGUAA